AUGGGAAUUCCUUCAGAAAUUGCAGCAGCUGCGAUUGUUUUGUUGUGCCUGUGGAGUGUUACUGACAGUGUUCCCAACACCAACAUCACUACCAUCCUGUGCAACGCUGGUGGGUACACCUCAGGUGAUCCUUUUGCUCUCAGUUUAUCUUAUGUUGUUGGAGAAUUGGAGAGAGAGACUCCAACGCAGAAAAAUUACGAUAACUACAACAUUUCCCCAUAUCCCAAUGCCUUUGCCUAUGGACAUGCUGCUUGCAACCUAAAUCUCACUUCCUCUGACUGCAAAACCUGUCUUGGUGUUGCUAAAACGGCCAUGUUCAACGGUUGUCCCAACCGUAUAGGAGCUCGCUCGGUGCUGCAUGAUUGUACAAUCAGGUAUGAGCAAUACCCAUUUGACGAUUAG